AGGUAAUAUGUCACAGUUGUCACGAUAUCAGAUACGACCAUGUAAAGUUUGAAGACUAUUCAACACAGUUAUCUCGUAUUAAAUCUUGGGAAGAGUUCAGCACACCCAAACAGUGUUUUGUAAAGAGUUAACAGAAAUAAAAUGGCGAGAAUAAACGUGUCAACCCCAAGAACCGCCCUCCUACUUCUCAUACUUAUUGUAGGUUGUGGUCUGAUCCUGUCCCUGAUCCGGAUGAGUGAGAUGCCGACCACCGCUUAUUAUACCUCCACCAGACAACAUAUUGCACACGUCCUGGACGAAGCAGAAGCUGAACUCAACACUGACCCGCUUCGUGCAGACGAUGGUCCCACCAGAUUUCAGGAUGACUCUAUAAUGAAGAUGUACCAAGAGGAUGAGAGCAGAGGAGAACAUCAUCGCCCUGAAGUUUCCGGAUCAACUGUAGAGUCAGGAACUGAACAAGCCGCUGAACAGAGUACAGAACCACCUCCAACAGAAGAACAAAGUACAGAACCACCAACAACAGAAGAACAGAGUACAGAACCACCUCCAACAGAAGAACAAAGUUCAGAACCACCAACAACAGAAGAAGACAAUUCUGAACAAUCGGUAGAACCGAGCUCAGAGCAGACAACAGAAGAAGGAAAUUCUGAGGAACCUCAAUCAGAGGAGGAAAGUUCAGAACAAUACGUAGAAGAACAAAGUUCAGAACAAUCUGUCGAACAAGGGACUGAGCAAGAAACAGAAGAAAAAGUAACAGUAGAAGCAGGAUCAUCAGCCCUACCUUCCUCGUCUCCAGCACCAAGCUCAUCUGAAGCACCAAGCUCAUCUGAAGUACCAAGCUCAUCUGACAAACCCACAGAGCCUUCAAAUCCAGGGAUAGAAAUCGAAACAGAAACAAACAGGAAAAGUUCCCGUCCAGUACACGUCCUCCUGCUGACAGAGGGCCGGUCAGGCUCCACUUGGCUCAGCUCGUACUUCUGGCACCGGGAUGAAGCCUACUAUACAUUCGAGCCUCUCUAUCAGACUGGCCCCUGGAAAAGGAACAGCUGCUCUGAAACUGAGGAGAGGAAGAAGGAAUGCGAAGUGGAGAUACUGUCUAAGUUUUGGAAGUGCGACUUCCACUCCAGUGAUCUUACCGUUUUAGGACGGUACCCCACUUACCACCUAGACUGCAAACCUCACGAAGAACGAUGUAGUGUUCUAGGAAAGGAGAACAUGUGCAAUACUGCUACUCACAGAGUCGCUAAAACGAUAAGACUCUGGGAUCUUACUCAUAUAGAGGAGAUUGCGAAGGACACAGCACACUACGAUGUCAGGGUGAUACACCUUGUCCGGGACCCACGUCCUCUGCUUAAGUCACGGAGCAAACCUGGCUUUGGUAGUCUGGACGGAACACACAAAACUAACGACUUCUCGGAAGAGGUAUUGACUAUCGAGCAGAGUUUUGAAGAGCAAUGUGCUACAGUUUGUAAGAGAAUGUUAGAGACUUCUCAACUUGGGGACAAUCCUCCAGACUGGCUUAAAAACAGGUACGUGCGGAUAUCACAUGAGCAAAUGUCGCUGCACCCAGUGGAGACCGCUAAAAUGCUGUACAAGUUUACAGACCUCUCCUGGACUGCCGAGACUGAGGAUUACAUUUACAAAACUGCAACAGGUGGGAUAGGUAAAGGUGGUAUGUUUGGUAUCGCUAAAAUCUCAACCAAAGUGAUUAACCAGUGGAAGAUGAUGAAGGAGGAACAGAUAACUAAGAUAACUAACACGUGCUUUGAGACUCUUAAAUAUUUGGGAUAUGAAACGGACCUGGAAACGAUAAGACAAUGGAAGUUAGAUAAUGUAGAAUUGUUUACUGAUGAUGAAUUAGUUGAGUUAGAUGAUAAUAGUAAACUUCGGUAGUGCAUGAUUCAGUUUUAAUUGAUGUUAUGUUAUAAUAUUGAUGGGAAGUUAUUUAAUUUUUCAAAAUAUGUCAUCUUAUUUAAUGACGUUAUUUUUGAGUAAAGUUUUAAUUUAAGGGAAAUUUGCAAGACUUUUUAUUUGAUAAUUUGUUACCUAAGAAUUCAUUAAUAUAUUAUUUAUCGUAGAAUGCUACGAAUUUUUAACUGUUUGAC